AUGUCUGAAUCUAUAUUCAAAGUUCGCACUAAGAAAUACUUGAAACCUAUCUUAGAAACUUAGAUUAUUGGUAUAUCCAGAGUAAUUCUGGGAUUGCCCAUUGAUCAUGUGUUUGAUAGAUUUAAGACUUUACUUCAAGCUGAGAGUACUCAAUUAUCAAUGAAAGAAUUAUUCAAAGAUACUUAUCGAAGGAACGGAGUUCUUAAAGGAGUUUUUGCUGGUUUCUCAUCUCAAAUCAGUAUUCAAUUGUUUAAACAAUACUAUAGGUAAAUAUGAUACAUGAACAUAAUAGAUGGCCCAUGAUGAUAUUAAUACCCAAAUACUAUAAGGAACUAUUACCAAGAACUUGGAUAGAAUAUCAUCCAGUGUUACACAAGGGAUUGGCAGGUGCAACAAUAGCUUUAUUUGAAUCAUUUGUGACUUGUCCUUUGGAAAGAAUUAAAUGUUAAUUGAUGACUCAACAUUAAUCAAAAUCAAGUAAUUAAUAAAAUUAAUAUCAUUAGUACUUAAAUUAAUAUGGAGAAAUGAGAGAUCAUUUAUUCAUUUUAUAAGGAAUAUUUACACAGGAAUGGAAGCUAUGGUGUUGAAGUAAGUAGUAUCAUGGACAAAUUAUCUUUAUUGGGAUCAUAAGAUUAGAUAUUUUUUCAAAGAUAAUCCAAGUCAAGCUCUUACAUUUUAAUAAAUUGUAAUGUGUAGUUUAUUGACUGCAAUUCCUAAUAUUCUUUUAGUUUAGCCAUUUGAUGCUGUUAAGACGGCUUAUUAAAUGGAAUAAAAUGGAAAUUACAAAUAAUUAACUAUCCCAUAAGCUUUUGUAAAAGUAUAUAAGGACAAAGGUGUUAUUGGGUAUUAUGCUGGUUGGUAAUUGAGACUGUCUCAAUUUAUAGUUUAAGCAGCUUUAAGUACUCCAGUAAUGGAUUAUUUGGAAAGAUUACAUGGUCUACCAAAUGAACUUUGA